AAACAAAUUCAUCCAAAAAAAUAAAUUUAGAAAUAAAAAUAAAUUCAUCCAAAAAAUUGGGUAUGACUUUUAACUGAGCCACUUCCUCACUCACUAAUAAGCACAAACAAAAUUUCAAACAAAAUCCUUCAAAUUUCUCGAUCUAAAAAUUCCCCAAAAAUUUCCCAAUUUCUCUCUCCUCCGAUCACCAAUUUCCCGAUCAAUUGCCGGAAAAUCGAACCCUAAUUCCCAAAUUCUACCUCUAUUUUCACCCAGAUCUCGACGAUUAAUCGGGAAUGGCUUCUUCGGAAGCCGAUUCCCGGCUGAAACAAGUGCUGGUGCCUUCUCUCGAGAAGAUCAUCAAAAAUGGUUCAUGGCGGAAGAAUUCGAAGCUUGUUCACGAGUGCAAAUCUUUCCUCGAGAAGCUCAAUUCCUCUCAACUUCAUUCUCUCUCCUCUUCUCCUGAAUCGCCAUCUUCCGCCAUUGUUACAUCUGGUCCGGUUGUCGAUAGUGGGACCCACGAGUAUUCUCUAGAAGAUUCCGAGCUCAUUAUCUCUCCUUUCAUCAACGCUGCUUCGUCUUCGAACCCUAAGAUCGCAGAUGCUGGAAUCUCUUGUUUACAGAAGCUAAUCUCACAUGGGUAUCUUCGAGGUGAGGCAGAUUCAACUGGGUCGAAUCCCGAGUCGAAGUUGCUUUCCCGAGUUAUUGACUCGGUAUGUAAGUGUAUUGAGGUUAAUAGUAAUGAUGAGAAUAUGGAACUUGUUGUGUUGAAAACUUUGCUUUCUGCUGUUACUUCGACUAGUCUUAGGAUUCAUGGGGAUUGUUUGUUGCAAAUUGUUAGGACUUGUUAUGAUAUUUAUUUAGGGAGUAAGAAUGUGGUGAAUCAGACGACAUCGAAAGCGUCGUUGAUUCAGAUGCUUGUGAUCGUUUUUAGGAGAAUGGAGGCUGAUUCGUCGUCGGUUCCUGUUCAGCCGAUUGUAGUUGCUGAGCUCAUGGAACCGGCUGAGAAAUCGGAUGCCGAUCCUGGGGUUACUCAGCAGGUUCAGGGGUUUGUUACUAGGAUAAUUCAGGACAUUGAUGGGGUUUUGCAUACAGUGAAUGUAGGUGGUGAUAAGGGUUGUGGUGGAAAUGGUGGGGCGGUUCACGAUGGAGCAUUUGAGACGAAGGUGAAUGCCACGGUGGAGGGAACGAAUCCUGCUGAUCUGUUGGACUCUACGGACAAGGAUAUGUUGGAUGCUAAGUAUUGGGAGAUUAGUAUGUAUAAGACCGCGUUGGAAGGAAGGAAAGGGGAGUUAGCGGAUGGGGAGACCGUGGAAGGGGCUGCUGGGAUCUUGGAGAGGGAUGAUGAUCUGGAAGUUCAGAUUGGAAAUAAAUUGAGGAGGGAUGCAUUUUUGGUGUUUCGAGCUCUAUGUAAGCUGUCAAUGAAGACGCCUCCCAAAGAGGCAAUGUCGGACCCUCAGCUUAUGAGGGGUAAAAUUGUUGCUCUAGAGUUGCUUAAGAUUUUGCUGGAGAAUGCUGGCACAGUUUUUAGGACCAGUGACAGAUUUUUGGGUGCUAUCAAGCAAUAUCUGUGUUUAUCAUUGCUUAAGAACAGCGCUUCAACUCUCAUGAUUGUUUUCCAGCUUUCAUGCUCCAUCUUCAUGAGUUUGGUAGCCAGGUUUAGAGCUGGGCUGAAGGCUGAGAUUGGAGUAUUUUUCCCUAUGAUAGUUCUAAGAGUUUUAGAAAAUGUUACUCAGCCAAAUUUUCAGCAAAAGAUGAUAGUACUGCGUUUUCUAGAAAAACUGUGCGAAGAUUCUCAGAUCUUGGUGGACAUAUUCAUCAACUAUGAUUGCGAUGUCAACUCAUCUAAUAUAUUUGAGAGAAUGGUCAAUGGCCUUCUUAAAACAGCUCAAGGCGUCCCACCUGGCUCAUCCACUACAUUGUUGCCACCACAAGAAGAGACACUGAAAUUUGAAGCGAUGAAGUGCUUGGUUGCUGUCUUAAAAUCAAUGGGGAACUGGAUGAACCAUCAAUUACGCAUCCCAGAUCCUCAUUCAGCAAAAAAAUACGAACCAGCAGAUAGCAGUCCUGAAGCUGGUAGUCCUCACAUGGUAAAUGGCCAUGGGGAUGAGCCUCUUGAAGGAUCUGAUAGUCUUUCUGAGUCUUCAAAUGAUGUUUCUGAUGUGCAGACAAUUGAGCAGCGCCGAGCAUACAAGCUGGAACUUCAGGAAGGUAUAUCUCUUUUUAAUAGGAAACCGAAAAAGGGAAUUGAGUUCCUUAUUAGUGCUAAUAAGGUGGGCAAUUCUCCGGAGGAAAUAGCAGCAUUUCUGAAAGAUGCUUCUGAUCUGAACAAGACUUUAAUUGGUGAUUAUCUUGGCGAAAGAGAAGAUAUGUCAUUGAAAGUGAUGCAUGCAUAUGUCGAUUCCUUUGAUUUCCAUGGCAAGGCGCUUGAUGAGUCAAUAAGGGUCUUCUUGCAAGGCUUCAGGUUGCCUGGUGAGGCCCAGAAGAUUGAUCGGAUCAUGGAGAAGUUUGCUGAACGUUACUGUAAAUGUAAUCCUAAGGCAUUCUCGAGUGCAGACACAGCAUAUGUCCUUGCUUAUUCAGUUAUAAUGCUCAACACUGAUGCCCACAAUCCUAUGGUUAAGAAUAAGAUGUCUGCUGAAGAUUUCAUCAGGAACAAUCGUGGUAUUGAUGAUGGAAAAGAUCUUCCUGAGGAUUACAUGAGAUCCUUGUAUGAACGAAUAACCAAAAAUGAGAUUAAGUUGAAAGAAGAAGAUCUAGCUUCUUUGCAAAAGCAGUCUUUAAAUUCCAACAGAAUCCUAGGCUUGGACAAUAUCUUGAAUAUUGUGAUCCGUAAGCGAGAUGAAAAUUACAUGGAGUCUAGUGAUGACUUAAUAAGGCAUAUGCAAGAACAAUUUAAAGAAAAAGCUCGCAAGUCCGAGUCAGCUUAUUACGCUGCAACAGAUGUCGUAAUCCUCAGAUUCAUGAUUGAAGCUUGCUGGGCUCCUAUGCUAGCUGCUUUCAGUGUUCCACUUGAUCAAAGUGAUGAUGAAGAAAUUAUAACAUUGUGCCUUGACGGUUUCCGCUAUGCUAUCCACGUUACAUCAGUGAUGUCCAUGAAAACUCAUAGGGAUGCUUUUGUGACGUCACUUGCCAAGUUUACUUCUCUACACUCUCCGGCUGAAAUCAAACAGAAAAAUAUUUAUGCUAUCAAGGCAAUAGUUACAAUUGCAGAUGAAGAUGGCAAUUACUUGCAAGAUGCCUGGGAGCAUAUUUUGACAUGUGUUUCCCGUUUUGAGCAUUUGCAUCUGCUUGGUGAAGGUGCGCCCCCUGAUGCAGCUUUCUUUGGUGCUCCUCAAACUGAUCAAGAUAAGUCAAAACAGGCCAAGUCCAAUAUUCUUCCACUUCUAAAGAAAAAAGGUGCUGGAAAAAUUCAAUAUGCUGCAGCCGCUGUGAGAAGAGGCUCUUAUGACAGUGCUAGUAUUGGUGGAAACACUUCUGUUACAUCAGAACAGAUGAAUAAUUUAGUCUCUAAUUUGAACAUGCUUGAACAAGUUGGAAGCAGUGAAAUGAAUCGUAUAUUCACUCGAAGUCAAAAGCUAAAUAGUGAAGGAAUAAUUGAAUUUGUCAAGGCACUCUGCAAGGUCUCAAUGGAGGAAUUACGAUCUGCCUCUGAUCCACGAGUCUUUAGCUUGACAAAAAUUGUUGAGAUUGCGCACUACAACAUGAACCGCAUUAGGCUUGUAUGGUCAAGCAUUUGGAAUGUGCUUUCUGACUUCUUUGUAACCAUUGGAUGUUCUGAAAAUCUUUCAAUUGCAAUUUUUGCUAUGGAUUCUUUGCGCCAAUUAUCAAUGAAGUUUUUGGAUCGGGAAGAAUUAGCUAAUUAUAAUUUUCAAAAUGAGUUUAUGAAGCCCUUUGUCAUUGUGAUGCGGAGGAGUAGUGCUGUUGAGAUUAGAGAAUUAAUCAUCAGAUGUGUGUCUCAGAUGGUGCUAUCUCGAGUAAACAAUGUGAAGUCUGGAUGGAAGAGCAUGUUCAUGGUUUUUACCACAGCAGCAUAUGAUGAUCACAAAAACAUUGUUCUGUUAGCAUUUGAGAUUAUGGAGAAGAUUGUUCGAGACUACUUCCCGUACAUUACUGAGACAGAGUCCAGUACUUUUACAGAUUGUGUAAAUUGCCUUGUUGCCUUUACUAAUAGCAGAUUUAACAAGGAUAUCAGUCUCAGUGCCAUUGGCUUCCUGCGCUACUGUGCAGAGAAGCUUGCUGAGGGAGAUCUUGGCUCUUCAGGCAAAGAUAAGGAUAAGGAAGCUUUGGAUGUCUCUCCAUCCGUAUUGCAAACAGUGAAAGAUGGAAAGAUGGAAAAUGGAGAGUUGGGUGACAAGGUUGACCAUCUGUAUUUCUGGUUCCCAUUGUUGGCUGGCCUAUCAGAACUCAGUUUUGAUCCAAGACCAGAAAUCAGAAAAAGUGCGUUGCAGAUUUUGUUCGACACUCUACGUAACCAUGGCCAACAUUUUUCGCUUCCUUUGUGGGAGCGAGUGUUCGAAUCGGUCUUGUUUCGUAUAUUCGAUUAUGUUCGUCAAGCCAUUGACCCAUCCACAGAAAACUCAUUUGGAGAGGGCGGUGAUGGCGAGAUAGCUGAAUUUGAUCAAGAUUCAUGGCUGUAUGAGACUUGUACAUUGUCUCUUGAACUAAUUGUGGACCUUUUUGUCAAGUUCUACUCUACUGUUCAUCCCCUUUUAAAGAAAGUUCUGAUGCUGUUAGUGAGCUUCAUUAAGCGACCUCACCAGAGCCUUGCUGGCAUUGGUAUUGCUGCAUACGUUCGAUUGAUAAGCAAUUCUGGAGAUCUCUUCUCUGAUGACAAAUGGCUUGAAGUGGUCUCUUCAUUGAAAGAAGCAGCCUUAUCCACCCUUCCUGAAUUUUCUUUUAUCUUGAACGGGGAUAGUUCGGUUAGGAAUAUCGAAGAAUCUGGUGGUGGACAAGAUCUUGCUGAAACUACCGGUACUGGUACACAUGAUUAUGAUUCAGAGAGCUUAAGAACGCAGCAAUUUUAUGCUGCUGUGUCUGAUGUCAAAUGCCGUUGUGCUGUCCAGCUCUUGUUGAUCCAGGCUGCUAUGGAGAUCUACAUGUUGUAUAGGACACAUAUUUCAGCGAAAAAUGUCAGUAUACUUUUUGAUACUUUGCGGGCAGUGGCAUCACAUGCACAUAAGAUAAACUGUGAUGCAAAUCUGUGCUCCAAGCUGCUGGAGAUUGGAUCCAUUACCCAAAUGCAAGAUCCUCCACUUUUACGCCUUGAAAACGAGUCUUAUCAAAUGUGCCUCACACUCCUGCAAAAUCUUGUGCUUGAUAGACCUGCAGACUUCAAUGAGGAGGAAAUAGAAUCCUACCUUGUCAAUCUCUGCCGAGAGGUUCUUCAAUACUACAUCGAGGCUUCGUCUGGGCAAGAAAUUGAGCCUUCUACUGGUAGUGGGGCCCAUUGGAAAAUACCCUUGGGCUCUCGAAGACGUAGAGAGUUGGCUGGACGGGCACCUCUUAUCGUGACCACUCUGCAGGCUAUAUGUAGUUUGGCAGAAACUUCAUUUGAGAGGAACCUAGCACGGUUCUUCCCUCUGCUUUCCACUUUGAUCAGCUGUGAACAUGGUUCUAAGGAUGUCCAGGUAGCCUUGAGUGAAAUGCUUAAUGUGUCAGUUGGCCCCCUGCUGCUGCGAUCCUGUUGAUCAUUUCUGGGUUUCCUCCAGCAGAGUUAGCUGUAUUAUAUAACUUCACCAAGGUGCUGCAGUUACGAUUUUGUUGUCAUCUUUGCUUCAGAAUAUUUCUAGCUCUGAGGUCAAUAUUGUAGUUUAUUUAGCUACUAUAUCAUAGUUAGUAUGGCCGAUCUAUGUUUCCAGUUGCUUCCAUACUUCAUGUGAUAUAUAACUAAAGGUAUGGGAUGGCAUCAGGUUUCAUAGAUUAAGAUUACAGGCUUACAUCGGGAGCUUUGUUGUAUGAUUUUUUAGUCACUUAAUUUUUUUGCAUACAUUUAGUGUAAAAAAUAUUUUUUUUCAAUGAGCAGUCACAGGUUUUGGCAACUUUCCA